AUGUCUACCGAUCGCCCCACAGCCGGAGGAGGCACCGUCACCGAGGAUGGUUUGCAAAUAUGGAGCUGUGUUACAUGUCGACGACGCAAGGUCAAAUGCGACAGAACAAAUCCCUGCUCCAACUGCGCUAGGAACGGGGUCGAAUGCCACUUCCCCGUCACUGGCCGUCUUCCACGUCGACGAGAUCCCACGACUUGGAAGUCGCCCACUGAGAAGCAAGCUGAGCUACUAAAUCGGCUUAGGCGACUUGAGUCACUUGUUACAGAACUUGCAGCACAAGUGGAAGACGGCCCCGACAAGAUCCAAUCCAUACUCCCGGGCUUAUUACCCAUUUCUGCCAUGAAAUCUCACUUAGAGGGAGAGACAAACGAAGAUUUUGGUCGAUUGGUUAUCGGAAAUGAGGCUGGCUUACAAAUCGGAAAGGGUUUCUGGUCCGUUUUUUGUAGCGAAGUCGAACAUAUUUUUGAAGCCAUUCAAGAUGUGGCUUCAACAGCAUCCAAUUCAGACUAUGGGCGUUUCUCGUCUAGCAGCCAAAUUACCUCGCACAACAUGCACCCCGAUUUUUAUUUUGGGAACACCUACACAGGAGCGUUCGCUCAAAGUCUCGAUGAUCUAUACCCUCUACCAUCACAAAUGCUCUUCAUAUGGCGGACAUACGUAGAGAACGUCGACCCGUUCAUCAAGGUCAUUGACGUUGCAGCUCUAGAUGAGGUUGUAACUAACUUGAGGGGCAAGUUUGGCUCCCUACGGUAUAGUUUACAGGCCCUACUAUUUGCAGUGUGCUUGGCAUCAAUCACGUCUUUGGGCGAGGAAGAGGCUCUGAGUUGCUUCGAUAUGCCAAGAACUCAGCUGCUUGCUCGCUUUCGUCUUGGGACAGAGAAAGCGCUUGCCAAUGCUGGGCUUCUGGUAACGAAGGAAAUUGAAACGAUACAGGCAUUUGUGAUAUAUCUCUCUAUUUUGCCGCACAUUGGCUGCCAGCAACUCCUGUCGCCAUUCGUGGGCCUAUUAUUGAGGAUUGCGACAUCCGUGCAGUUGCACAGAGAUGCUGAGAGCUUCAAAACGCCUACUCUAACCCCAUUCGAAGUUGAGAUACGCCGUCGGCUAUGGUGGCAGGUUAUCUUCAUUGACUCUAUAUCUCGAUCGAGACAUAGUACAGGAUUGGCAGCUUCAGAUACAAUGUUCGAUACCAAAGCUCCGAGCCGUAUAUCAGCCAAUGAUCAAACGAGUUCACCAGUAUCUUUUGAUGUGGAAAGCGAGUCUCUGGUUUGCAUUAUGCGAUGCGAGAUAUGGAUUUUAUGUCGUUUCCUCAACGCAAAUCAGCGGAAGCCUUUGGAGCAGAAACUCAAAGCCUUCAACUUGACAAGUUCCCGAUUGGAGGAUUCAUAUAUUGCUAGGCUCUCUUCAAAUGAUGCUCUAGAAUCGUUAGUCAAGACUAUGACCUCGCUUGCCUUCUCAAAAGUGGAGCACACAAUCUAUCUACAGCAUUUUCGCAAUUUGAAAGAGCUCUUGCAAAUGCCAUCUCAAGAAAUGGUCCAGCAUCACUUGGAAUUGUCAAUAGAUAUUCUCAGAGACGCUCAUAAGGUACGAACAGAACCUUCAUGGGAAAGAUGGAGAUGGCAAUUGCGGGGAGAUUUCCCUUGGGCUUCGAUGAGCGCAGUAUUCAUCCAGCUUUGCCAGUCUCCAUGGUCAGCAACUUCUGAAAGAGGAUGGGCGCUAAUAAACGAAAUAUUAAAAGACGUCCCGGAUAGAGUAAAGGAAAAUGCAUCUUGGGGCAAAUUAAAUCAGCUCAUUACCGCCGCCGAAGCUAAACGUAAGAGAAAUCCCGGAGAAGCAAUGAACCAAACGAGUAACCGCGACGGGAUUUCCGUACGCGAUCCCGUUGAAACACAAGAGGGCAGCAGAAACUCUUUAGAUUCAUUAAAAUCUCGGUCGCAUAAUACUGGUGCUUUAAUUGGCUACGCAGAGUCGAGCCCGGUCCUAAUGCCUAGUAUAUUCGACUUUGGAGUAGAGUUUGACGACCCGAAUGAGUUGGGAUCCGAUGUGACAUUUAAUCCUAUGGAAUGGCAGGUAUGGGAUGAGGCAUUUGUUGAUGAUGAUCAAUUUUGGGACCUAGAUUAUCCGUUUUAGAUGAAGUAUACAUUAGUUACAGGUCGAGGAAUGUCCU